ACAUGGGUGGUUGCUUAACUGACUAUAUAAAUAGUUUUUUUCCUGUGUUAGUUUUACACUACCGGUCGUAUUUUGUGGAGGUUGCGUAAUUUUUUGCGCAGGUAAAAGACGUGAACUAAACUCAACAACUUUAUUUUAAGAUCGAAUUCAACACGAAAUGUACAAAUGUAAGUCUAAAUGUACAAGGAUUUUUAUUAACAGACACCAACAGUUCAAUUAAACUUCAGUGCAUAUUUCUUUUUUUUGUCCGCGUGUACGUGUUUUUUUUUUUAAAUUGUUUUUUGUAAUAUAUGCAUAUACUUCCGGGAAGUGCGUCUGCGUCACGCUCUUGAAUAACAUUGCAGGGUAGGCUAGCUUAGAGCGACAUGGUUAAAUAAAGGUGUGAAUCUAAAAUAAAAUGUCGACAGUGUGCAUUCAUUUUAAAUAGCUUUGUGCCGAUUGGAAUUAUGGCAGCGUCGUUGUUGCAGCAUCGUGUUAGUCUUUGUACGAAAUAUAAAAGAAGCUUAGCGUGGACAUGGUCAAGGCAAAACUGUCACAUAUUAGCUCGCAGGGCGACGUCCAGUGACACCGUCAACAAUGUGCUUUUAAGAAAGAUGCUUUUUGCAGUGUCCGAGAGGACUCUUACUGGACAGCGUCGAAAAGUAAUCCAGAGUCUUCUCUAUAGACCAAUGAGGCUCACGCUGGCUGGAAUCAGCAGCGAGUUAGUCAGGAACAACCUGUUUACAAAUCCCGUGGGUUUAGUAAAUUUAUUAGGGGCAACAAACUUCUUCAGUACAUCCCAGUCUAAAGAAACAAAAGAUACAAACAAUAAACCAAAAGGAAAAACCCCAGAGGAAGAUGAAGAGGAAAAGAAACGUCGCGAGCAGGAGGACCAGAUGUACAGAGAGCGCCUGCGGACCCUCUUCAUAAUUGCACUCAUCAUGAGCCUUCUAAACUCGAUUAACACCAGCGGUGGUAACAUCUCUUGGAAUGAUUUUGUUAAUGAGAUGUUGGCUAAGGGAGAGGUGUCACGUGUCCAGGUGGUGCCUGAAAGUGACAUUGUCGAAAUCUACCUUCACCCUGGGGCAGUGAUCUUUGGCAGGCCUAGGCUUGCACUCAUGUAUCGAAUGCAAGUCGCCAACAUAGACAAAUUUGAGGAGAAGCUGAGGGCUGCUGAGGAGGAGCUGAAUAUUGACACAAAGGACCGUAUACCUGUCUCCUACAAACGCACUGGAUUCUUUGGAAACGCAUUGUAUGCUCUUGGGAUGGCAGCAAUUGGCGUGGCUAUUCUCUGGUACAUCUUUCGUUUGGCAGGCAUGGGUGGCAGAGAGGGUGGCUUCAGUGCAUUUAAUCAGCUUAAGAUGGCCAAAUUCACCAUUGUGGAUGGCAAGUCGGGUAAGGGUGUGAGCUUUAAAGACGUCGCAGGCAUGCAUGAGGCAAAGAUGGAAGUGAAAGAAUUUGUUGACUACCUCAAGAAUCCUGAGCGAUACCUCCUUCUGGGAGCCAAGGUUCCAAAGGGGGCAUUGCUGCUCGGACCCCCAGGCUGUGGAAAAACUCUGCUAGCGAAGGCUGUUGCCACAGAGGCACAGGUCCCAUUCCUGGCAAUGGCUGGCUCAGAAUUUGUUGAGGUCAUUGGAGGUCUGGGUGCUGCCAGGGUGAGGAGCCUUUUCAAGGAGGCUCGUGGCCGGGCGCCCUGCAUUGUCUACAUUGAUGAGAUUGAUGCUGUAGGGAAGAAGCGCUCAACCAACAUGUCUGGGUUCUCCAAUACCGAGGAGGAGCAGACACUCAACCAGCUGCUGGUUGAGAUGGACGGGAUGGGAACGACUGACCAUGUGAUUGUCCUGGCCUCCACAAACAGAGCAGACAUUUUGGAUAACGCUCUGAUGAGACCUGGCAGAUUGGACCGGCACAUCUUCAUUGAUCUUCCAACCUUGCAGGAGAGGAUGGAAAUUUUUGAGCAGCAUCUGAAGAUCUUGAAACUUACUCAACCAGCCAACUUCUACUCACUGCGCUUGGCUGAGCUCACUCCUGGCUUCAGUGGCGCUGACAUUGCUAAUAUAUGUAACGAAGCUGCCCUGCAUGCUGCCAGAGAGAGGCACAAGUCAAUUGAUACUUUCAACUUUGAGUAUGCAGUGGAGAGAGUAAUAGCAGGAAGCGUAAAGAAGAGUAAGAUCCUCUCCAAAGAGGAGCAGAGGGUGGUUGCCUUCCAUGAAUCGGGGCAUGCUUUAGUUGGGUGGCUGCUUGAGCACACAGAGGCAGUCAUGAAGGUGUCCAUUGCUCCUCGGACAAAUGCGGCCCUGGGGUUUGCCCAGAUCUUGCCACGUGAUCAGUACCUGUUCACCAAGGAGCAGCUGUUUGAGCGGAUGUGCAUGGCUCUGGGAGGAAGGGCUGCAGAAGCGAUUACCUUUAACAAGGUUACAACAGGAGCUCAGGAUGACCUACGUAAGGUGACACGCGUGGCCUACUCAAUGGUGAAGCAGUACGGCAUGUGUAACAGUGUCGGCCAAGUUUCAUUCCCCGAAACAGAGGAGCAAGGUGCUAUUGGGCGGAGACCUUUCAGCCAAGCACUACAGCAGCAGAUGGACCACGAGGCUAAAAUGUUGAUAGCUCGCGCCUAUCGGCAUACAGAGAAGCUGCUCAUGGACAACAGAGACAAGUUGACAUUGUUGGCCAAUGCUCUGUUAGAGCGGGAGGUGGUGAACUAUGAUGACAUAGAGGCUUUGCUGGGUCCUCCACCUCAUGGGCCAAAGAAGAUGAUUGCCCCACAGAGCUGGGUAGAAGCUCAGAGGGACAAACAAGACACAGGCGAAGACGAACCACAGCCACCUUCACGCAGACGCAAUGAAGACGACAUGAAUCCAGAGAUGAUCUGAAGUAUGCGUCAGACUUUCUCAACUGCAAAAUUUUUUGAUUUAAUCGUGGAGUGAAGACAUUUUCAACAAACGUGCAAAUGAUGCGCAUAUAAUGUCAUCAAACUGUAAUUUUUGGUGUUCUAGUAACAACUCCGCUCAGGAGCCUGAAACAGACUGAAACAAGCAAACACUCUGCAAGUAUAGGUUGGAUAAAAUCUGAACAUUUAUCUUAUGUUUGUAGUAAACUCACAAUUCCUAAGAAGUGGACACAUAUCUUAUAUGUCAGUUGCAACUCAAUGGCAGAUGUUUCUUACGUUUUGUGUACUCAACUAUUGAAUGUGUCAGAUGACAGGAGAAGGAAAAGCUUAUGUAGGUUUGCUUGAAACCUUGAAAACCUUAAUACAACUUUUAAAUGCAAUGCUUUUCGGAGUUUGUAACUCAUUUUAGGCUACAUGCUAAAAUGCUUUCAAUGGGCAUUGUUCUACUUUUUUGGAGGAUGUCUGCACGUGUACUGUACACUAAAGCAUUGAGGUAUGUAUUUUCAUCCAUCAAUUCAUUUUCCGUACCACUUAUUCUCACUAGGGUCGCAAGCGUGCUGGAGACUAUCCCAGCAGACUCUGGGCGAGAGGCGGGGUACACCCUGAACUGGUCGCCACCCAAUCGCAGGGCACAUAUACAACCCCAAUUCCAAUGAAUUUGGGACGCUGUGUUCAACAUAAAUAAAAACAGAAUACAAUGAUUUGCAAAUCAUGUUCAACCUAUAUUUAAUUGAAUACACUAUAAAGAGAAGAUAUUUAAUGUUCAAACUGAUAAACUUGAUUGUUUUUAGCAACUAAUCAUUAACUUAGAAUUUUAUGGCUACAACACGUUCCAAAAAAGCUGGGACAGGGUCAUGUUUACCACUGUGUUACAGCACCUUUUCUUUUAACAACAUUCAAUAAACGUUUGGUAACUGAGGACACUAAUUGUUGAAGACCGAGGUUCAAAUCCCGUCCCCGCCUGUGUGGAGUUUGCAUUUUCUCACCGUGCCUGCGUGGGUUUUCUCCAGGUACUCUGGUUUCCUCCCACAUCCCAAAAACAUGUGUGGUAGGUUGAUUGAAGACUCUAAAUUGCCCGUAGGUGUGAACGGUUGCUUUGGUUAUAUUUGCCCUGCAAGUGGCUGGUAACCAGUUCAGUGUGUACCCUGCCUCUCGCCCGAAGAUAGCUGGGAUAGGCUCCAGCACGCCCAUGACGAUAAGUGGCACAGAAAAUGGUCAUGGUUAUUUUAGUCAUCACAAACAAAGCCAUUUUUGAGGCACUAAAAUUCCCGAAAUUUGGCACGCACAUCGGGCCUGGUGAAGAAUUUUAUAAUUUCAUGUUUUCGGGCGCAAUUUCCAAAUAAAUGGCUCGACAGCGCCCACUAGAACGAUGUUGAAAGUACAUCAACGGACUACUUAGUGAUCCGUAUGACCUACGGCUCUGAAAAUUUGCACACAUCUAGAGGGGACAAGGUGGUAGGGGGGAGCGUGAGUCCGUUGGAUGUUGCCGGAUGGUCCGGUCGGGGUCUUGAACCUAGGUUCCCCAUUGUGGCAGGUGAUGAUCUUAACCAUUGGGCCACAGCUGCCUGUUACUCUCAAAUGACUGGCAUUCUAUUUCCCCAUUUUUGCCACCCAUUCAGCCUAGCCAGCUGGAGCUGUCACCGUACAAUCUCAAAAACAUGAGCAAAGACUUGUUGCUUGAAUGGUGUUUUUAAAAAUGGGGAAUUAAAACAAAAACAGGACUUUUCCCCUUAAUGUGCGAAAACACAACACAGUAUGACAGGAACGAUGGUGAAAGGACAUUGAUAACUUUGCAUUCCUCGCAGCUCGAGCUGACUAUAUUAACAAAAUAAUUUAUCUACUCAUAUAUUACAAAACUAAAUAAAUUCCACUGUGUUCAUACAGUGUUUUAACUAAUGCAUUCUGAUACAAAUAAUUUUCCUAGUAAUCCAUUUUUACAAUUUUGACUGUAUUACAAAAGAACACAUUUACUCCCAUUUACGUAGUGUCACUGAGCGCACAUCGCGCACUCACACAGCUGGCGCGUGCCUGCCUGGUUUCAUUCUAAAGAAUGAACUAGGAAAUGGAACAGGUGUGCAAUCUUUCUAUUAGCAUGUCCAAACAGGUCACUCUGCUGGUCACUUUUAAUGUUACAGUUGCUUCACCAUAUUCCACAACACCAACAUCGCAGCAGACGUGACUAUUGUGCACACGUACAUCGCUCAAAAUAUUGGGCAGCCCUAGCUUACAAUAUAUUACAGCACUCACUUUUGGUAAAGGUGUUGGUUGGAGGGGAUUUGUGCCUGUCAGUGUGGCACAUUGAUGUGGAUAAAUUUGCCGUCGCUUCUUUGCUAAAAUGCUCAAAAUCUGUCCGAUUGUGAGGGCAUCUCCUGUGCACAGCCGUCUUUAGAUCACCCCACUGAUUUUUGAUGGACUUCUCAUAAUUCCCUCACCUCAGUUCUAGCUGAAGAAAAAAAACACCCUAAACCAUGAAGCUGCCACCACCAUGCUUCACUCUAUGACGUUCCUUUGGUGAUGAGCAGGGUUCUGUUUGCACCAAAUAUACAUUUUGGAAUUAUGGUCAAAAAGUCAUAACAGAAUUUACCAAACAGAAGUGGCAAUAGAAGUAUUGGUCUGACUUUUCACUUACUUUUGUGUGUGUGUACGUUUUUAGUUUGGACCAGAAGAUUUCUGUAAAAAAGCCCAUACAUAAUGGUUGAAUAAAGUUUUAUUUAAAUAGA